AAUUAAAUAAAAAAUAAAAAAAAUACAAAAAACAAAUAAACAAAAAACCCUAGCUUCCAUGGAGUCUCUAUCCAGACCUCCGCACAGAAGAAAGCACUCCGCCACCACAGCCGCCUUCUCUUCAACCUUCUCAUUUAAGAACCCGUACGACGGCGUUUUGCUGCCCAGCGGAGGCGAGCGGAAGUCGUUGGAGGCUCACGAGUACCGUGAGAUUUUCUCCGGCUCUUCCGCCAUUCCGGUGCUUGAUCUUUCGGGUCUGGAUGACCGGGUCGGGUCGGCCGAUCCUCGGAGCUCCAAAAUCGAUUACUCCAACCUUUUUGGUGGCCUGAGGACUGAUGACGUGGCGGUGCCCUAUCAGGAG